GCAGCAAAUAUUUCAAAGCAUUUGCAGAGAGCUGCUGAAGAUUUACAAAAUACCAUUAAAAAUGAAAGUUUUAAUGGAAUUGGUGUCAUUGACUGGGAAGCUUGGAGACCUUCGUGGAAUUUCAAUUGGAUACCCUUAGAUAUUUACAGAGAAAAGUCAAGGGAGUUUGCAAGAAAACAAAGUUCAACUUUGAAUGAUAAAGAAAUAGAAGAAUUAGCAAAACACCAAUGGGGAAAUGGUGCUAGAUCUUACAUGCUAGAAACACUUGAACUUUCAAAGAAAUUGAGACCAUCUGCAAAUUGGGGCUAUUAUUUAUUUCCUGACUGUUACAAUUAUGUGGGAAAGAAGCCUGCAGAUUUUGAGUGCUCCGAAAAAGUGAAAAUUGAAAAUGACAAAUUAUCAUGGCUAUGGAACUCCAGCACGGGCAUAUUUCCUUCAAUAUACUUAUAUGAUAAUCAUUUGGAUCAUUACACAAUGGAACAAAGAAGUUACAAAGAUCACGAAAAACUUAAAGAAGCAAUAAGAGUUGCACCAGCUGAAGCAAAAAUUUUGCCUUACAUCAAUUUUCACUUAAAAAAAAUACUAGUUCCGCAGGGUGAUUUUGAAAGAAUGGCAGCUCAGGCAGCAGCAAUAGGAGCUGAUGGUUUCAUAAUAUGGGGAUCUUCCUCGGCAGUUAGUUCAAGAACUCAUUGUAACGAAGUAAAUGAAUACAUCACUCAAGUUCUUGGACCAGCUGUCAAAAAAAUAUCAAGAAACGCAGAGUUAUGUUCAAGAACGGUAUGCCAUGGAAAUGGUCACUGUACUUGGCCAAAUGAUAAAACUGUGACAGCAUGGAAAGAAUUUUUAAAAGAGUAUCCUAGUUUCUACAAAAAUGAGAUAGUGUGUAAAUGCAAAAUACUUUAUACCGGCACCUUUUGUGGACAUCAAUUAAAUAAAUUACCUAAUCAAUAAUUGGAGAACAAAUUUUUCUGGGGAAAAAUAAUGGCUUUAACACCAUUAUGAAUUAUUAUAAAAAGCUAAAAUUUUUGUAUAAAGGGAUUCAACUGAAUAGAUGAACCUUCACUGGUGCAUAAGCGCAAUUUUUAAGCUUAAAAAAAACCGUUUAUUGUUGUAAAAAUGAAAUAGCUCCUUUUUUUAUUUAAACCAAUAUUAAUUUGUGCGUGUGUGCAGAGUUAAACUUUAGUGUUUUAUAAGCUCUCAACAAGUUAUUAUUUUGGGCACCGAUUUGACUUAAUUUCAUAGCACGAUUUGCACAUUUACAAUACGCUUCAUUUAGCAACUUUUGUCCUUUUAACUUCAUGUUAUAAACCUUUUUCGGUCUGUUCUCAGACACCAGAUCUAUUGAAUAUCAACAAAAUACGGCCACAAAGUGUAAACACAAAAACAAGAGAGUAGACAUGAAUCUAAUCCAUUAGAUAUAGUAUUAUAAAUUAGAUGUAAUUAGAGUGGGUCAAAAAUUUGGAGCUCAUAAAAAUUUAGAUGAAUUUUUUUAAAAGGAUUAUUGUUGAAAAGACUUUUUCUUUUUUAAUUUCUACUUUCAGAGCAAUGUUUUAAUUCCUACCUCAAAAACGAGGCAAAAAGCAGCUUUGCUUAAAAUUUGAAUAUUAACUCAGCUACUUUAGAGGAAAUGGGUUCUCCUUAUAACUAAUAAAGUGUAUAAAUAUUAUUUAAAAUUUUUUGUUGAUAUUGAAAAUAAUUCAUCUGAUUAUGAAUAAAAUUGCAUUAAAAAACAUUUUUGGAUUUAACUAGCCAAAAUUUGCAAAUGGGCAAAAAAUGACCAGUUGUAGGAGCUUUAUAUCAUAAUGAAAAAUCCCCAGGAAGCUAGUGUAUGCCAGACAUACUCUCCAUCUUUUAGUCAGAACAUCACUAUGUUAUUGAAGCUAUUUGCAUUACAUUUUAAUAAAUAUUUAUGAUGUAAA